GAGUCUUGGCUGGCCGCACAAUUCAAUUGCAUUUCCAGCCAGACUUUUGAUGUUUCUUCUGCAAGCAAUCCGCCCGCGCUGGGUGAUCAAGGUGAGAAACUGUUCCUAGAAUCGCCAGCUGACGAAGUUUUCCAUAGCAGCGAUGAAGAGCUUCAAACGGCAAAUGGUGGCGCGCAGCCAUCUGAUGAAUCAGAAGAAAUUUUUUGGUCCUCUGAUGAAGGGGAUUACGUGAGACCACCUCCAGUGAAAAGAGGUCGCUAUGCGGCCAGGUCCUCGCAGGGAAGUGAAUUCUUGAACAAAAGUGUUUGCAAGGAGGCCUUGGCUCGUUUGGUUGGAGUGGGCAACUCGACGAUCAGCAAGAUCAGACGUGGAGAGAUGGCUUUCACAAAUCAUUCCAGACCCGAACUACCUAAGCACCCGAUGUUCGGGUUCACGAUGAGGGGAGAGACCUCUGCACUGUGGGAACACAUCAUCAUGUUCCUAUGGUUCGUAUACCAAAGCUGUGCGGAAUUUAUGCCAAAUUAUUUCCGAAUGGCUGGUGAGCAAUCUGCAGAGACAGCAUUUCCUGAGGACAAAGAGGAUGUUGAUCAUGACUGCAUCGCCCGGCUUGUGAAUGGAUUCAGCCAAACAUUGCAGACGGUUUCUACUGACAUAGAUGUCAACCAGAUUGGCCCAGGAACCUUUCGAGGACCAAUGAAAGCUCUUCCACAUGGGACACGCGCCGAGCUAUAUUGGGAAUACAAAGUUUUCAGCGAAUCUAGAGGACUUCCGGUGGCAUCCUACUCGACCUUCAUGAGGGUGGCCAACCCCAUAUUGAAACCAGACACCCGAAAUACUGGACAUCUACGGUUUAGGAAAACGGGCGAACACGCCCAGUGCGAUCAAUGCUUUUCUCUGCGAAAGGCCAUUGCUAAAGCCAAGAACCCUGCUGAGAAGCUUUCGCUUCAAAAGGAUCACCAUCGGCAUGUGUUGAGUUCUUGGCUAUGCCGCCAUGUCUACUGGUCCAUGAGAGCUUUGUCUCAGGCCACGUUUGCUGCGGUGAUUCAAGACAAUGCAAGGCAUGCUUGGGAUGCCCUGGCUGUUUCCAGCUGUGUAGUGUGCGCCAUGGUCGACGGUAUGGACCAGGCAAAAUUCAAGGUGCCGAGGACAAAGGCUCGCCAUUCAAAACUCUAUAGUCGCCUAUGGCGACCACAGCUUCACAUGGCAGCUGUAUGGAUGCAUGGAGCUAUGCUGAACUUUUUCGUGAGCAACGAGGAUUGCAAAAAAAACAGCUCUACUCAAUGUGAAAUGCUGAUGCGAUCGUUGGACAUGAUCUUGGACCGCUUUGAAGCUUUGCCUGCUGGAUUAGCAAUCCAAAUGGAUAACACUCCAAGGGAAGGAAAAAAUCAGUUUUUUACUGGGUGGAUUGCUUUGCUGGUGGCCCUUGGGAGCUUCAGGCAUGAGUUUAGCACGCCCGAGGACGUCAUGGCUUUGCUGGACAUGAGCCAUCGACCAGAGAAUCAGGCUGAGCUGCUCAGAAAGACUGCGAAGAAGUUUACUGUUGAGACCAAUUCGCUGAAGCUAGACCAAGUUGCUGACUGGAAGGACAUUGAUCCAGCAUCAUAUGGUGCUUGCCAGCCUGAAGAGAUUCCAGGCUAUCAACCUCAUGGAGCUGACGUAAUGCUGCUGGUGAAGCGCUUGAUGGCAGACACAAGCCCAAUCCAAAUGAAGUUCAUGUGCGAGAACACUCGCUACAAGCAGAAGUUCCUUUCUGGGGCAUGGCCAGACUGCCCCGUCUUCACGGACAUGUGCGAUUUGAGCUGCGGUCGAGCCCAUGAGUUCCGAUCUGGCGAAAUCCGAGAUGUCCCACAGGUCACAUUGGCUUUGGUGGGAUAUCCUUGCAAAUCGAUAUCGCAGCAGAACUGUUCAGCCAAGUCCUUCAAGGACACUACGAGCACCACUGGCUCAGGAUUUGAUGCUCUGAUUAAGUUUGUGGACCGCUUUCGCCCAGAAAUUGUUCUCACUGAGAAUGUGCGGCAAGAGCGAUAUGCUCCCUUGAGCAUCGUGUCCAAGUUCAAGUGCUCGCCCUACCCGAUUGACUUCUUCUUGUUGCCUGCUGGUCAAGGUGACGCGGCUCGUGGCAAGGCCAAAGUGAGCAAGAAGGGGAGCAGCGCUUUGAAAUGGGAGGCAGGCUUUGAGGAGUAUUGCCAACAGUUGGGCCACGCUGCUGUGGAAGAGAAUCGAACAUCAUUGCGCGCCCGUGGAAUGCCGUUGACCGAGAGGGAGCUGGCCAUUUUGGCUGUAGCAGUGACCAAGAUGCAGUCCAUUGGACCAGAACUUUGGCCGGCAGACCUUCAACCGGCGCUCUCCGAGCCAUUGCCCGCUUUUGGUUUGGAAUUUGAUGAGGAGAAAAUGCAGUUGCAGGGAGUUGGAAUGGAAGAAUACAAGAAGUACAAGAUGGACACCUUGUCCCCUUCCCAACUGUCCAACAUGGCUGGCAAUGCUUUGAGUGCGUACUACAUGUGGGAGCCAUGCCGCCGCGCAAAAAAAGCGAAAAGCCUUGCUGCAGGGGUCAGCACUCCUCAGAACAUCACCACGGCAGAUGCCAUGCCUUCCUUUCAAAAGGAUGUGCUGUCGAUUUGUGAGUCCAUUUUCGAGCUUCGACAUGGUCGUGUGUCCGAUGUUCACGAAAAGCCAAUCGGUCUCCUAGUCCCUGAGCACGGCUUGUUCGCUUGGCCGAUUUGUUAUGGAGGCACAUUUAAGGACAUCGCACAGAGGUGUUGGGAAGAUGGAGGAGACAAACUCCUCAAGAUGUCUGCUGAGCUUUGCAAUCGACUUGGACUUGUGGACAGUGCCGAUGUGGAUGACUUCAAGACCAAUUUUUGCAGAAUUGACGCUCCCAGGUUUGGCCACCGCAGCGAGGAGACAACUUUGAGACUUCAAUCCUCUCUUGGUCAUGACGUUUGUCCGCAGCAUUGCCAGUUCAAGAUUCCGCGAGGGAAUCUUGCCUUGGGUUGCCUUUACUUCUCCGAUGGGAGCCAGAAGAGUUUGGCCGGCUUCAUCACUUGGGUUUCGAUGUGCUUGGCUUCGCAGUUGGAGAAGCACCAGGGCACGCUUGCCGACAAUGUCCAUUUGCAGACCUCCGCAGCCUCUCUGUUGAGAAUUCAAACGACUGUGAAAGGUUCCACGGGAUCCUCCGAUGAACUGGACAACACCAUAGCACGGAUAGUGAAACAGAAUGUGGAUGCAAAGGUGAUGCCGGUCAGUUCUCUCACCUGGGUUACCGUAUUACGCAGUUUGACGUCUGAGCCAACUGGUUUUGACGCCGCCAUGGCCAAGUAUAACAGCCACCCAGAGGUGGUCUCGUUUGAUUCUGGCUCUUCGGGCGCUAUCAGCUUGGACAACAGAAAGAAACAGGCUGUCAAGAACCUGUUGGAGGCCACGGACGCACAGGCCUUCGAAGAACUGGUGCGAAGCGCGCGCGAUAUUCCAUUUCAGUAUGGAGCAUUCGGAGAGGGCUUUUGUUGCAGUCCUGGCUUGUGGCUGAAUUCCUGUGGGCGGCUUGAUCCUUGCCCAGAGCAGGACCCAGAGCUUGCAAAGCAGCUUUCUCCUUUGCCGCAUGAGCCUUUCGUGACUUUGGAUUGGAAAUUGCCGUUGGAUGCACAGGGCCAGCUCAUUCUCUUUCGACGUGUCAAGUUCACUUUUGAACGGGUCACAGGCCUGAUUCCUUUGCACCAAAAGCGCAAAUACAGAAUGAACAGUGAGGAGCUCAACCGCGUGAGGAACAUGGUGGCACUCUUCAGCCAAAUCCUUCCUCAUUUGCGCGCACGUUUGGGAGAUGAUGAUGCCAACAAAUGGCAGGUGGAUGUAGAGACUGGCAUGGGGCGCGAUGAUGACAUUCUCAACUUGAUGCAGCUCCGUCCAACAGUGUUCUCACUGUCCAUGCUGUUGUCGCAUCAACGGCAAGCCAAAGAAGACAUGCGCGAGAGCGAGAAGAGAAAAGUCGAGACUGUUGAGACACAAAGAAAGGAAGUCUUGACAGCCCAAUGGAACUACUUCCUCGCUGCGUUGGAGAGGGACUAUGCUCAAAUGGAGCAAGUGCAUGCUGCGCCUGCUCAAGUGCGCCAGCGGUUGCAUGUCAAGCAGGUCGCGCACCAGGCCAAGAUUGUUGCAGCUGACCAUUGUCAAGUGCCCUUGGAUCGCGUGGCCACAGUGGGCUUUGUCGACUACAAUGUCCCAGUCGCGAGGCAAAGCAAGGCAGCCCAGACUUUGGUGUCUGCUAUGUCGAUCGCGAAUGACACAGGAGCACCCACGGCUACGCUCCCAAAGUCCAACAUGCUUCUGUUGCCGGAGGGCGCGUCGCCAAAUUCCGAUUUGAAGAUUGCAGAGAGGGUUCGCCCAUCGCCCGAGCAAAGCAGUGCUCAGAAGGGCUUGCAGCGCUUGGAGAUCUUGGUGGACUCGCUUGUCCGCUAUGUUCCCCUCAAGGAUAGCCCGUUGCUGAUUGUGAACUUCACUGGGUACGUGGAGGAGUUGGCGGCAGCGGUGCUCAACUUACGCAUACGUGGAUCUUUGUCAGGGGAUGGAGGAGGCUUUGACUAUGACCGGAACCUGUACUAUUUGUCACUCCACACCUUGGACUCAGAUAGUGGCGUAGCCUAUGCGCAGGGCAGGGAGCUGAAAAACAUCCCAGGGGCACAGUUUCUGAAGGCCAUCGAUAAGAUGAAUCUUGAAGUCUGCGUGCGGAAAGGAACGCAGAUGGUCCUUCAUCCAGACCAAGUCAAGCAGUGGAACAACUCUGGGGUUGAGUAUGCUGAGCAGUUUGCCGAAGUGCAGAAGAAACAUGACUCCAAAUACCUGGGCUUGUUGACCUCGAUUAUCUCUCAGCCUCAGGGAAGUUCAUCGCAGCUUGCAGCAGCAGCUCCAGCUGAUAUGGACGAGGGUGCAACUGCUGGCUCUGGUGCCACCGAAGAGCCAAUUCAGGAGUUGAACAAGUUCGAGUCAGUCGAGAAACUUGCAGAGGCUGAGAAGAUUGAAUACCGGUGCAUGUCCGAGGUUGCCGGGAUUGAGCUGCUCUUGUGUGAGUCCAAGAAGAUCUUCCUUGUUGCAGACAAGGAUCGCAUUGUGGCAAAGUGGACCAUGGUGGGUGGCUUCGGAACAGGGAAGCAGUUUGGCCUGAAAUCUAAGUAUGUUGCCAUCAAUGAGUCUGCUGGGGCUGGAGUCCCCAUUGAAUGGCCGCAAGGUGAUCGGACACUGGUUCAAAUAGAUCACAGCAGCAUCAGCCCUGAACACUCACAUGUCGAGGUGAUGAGCCUUUAUCGCCUGCUGACUCAUUUGGAACGAACCAAGAAAGUCUCAAAUCACAAGGUGUCCUACACAGAAGUGAAGCGAGUCGUUGAUGGAGGUUCUGCUGGCGCUGCUGAUGCCUUCACGGUGAAA